UCUGGAAGCUGCAUCCCUGCAUAAAAUCUAAAAGUGAAAGACGUUAUCUCGGUCAGCUUCCAAGAGGCCGUUGGAAAAGGACUGUCACGUGACAUCGGGUGCCAAUGUUCUUCCAGAAGGUCUUCAGGACCCUGGUAGCCGGUAACGCGAAAUUUGGAAAUGCAGAAAACGACCUACUACGACAAUUCGACGGUAUUCGGGGGUUAUUCUUACCAGGGAGCCAAUGGCUUCGCUUAUGAUGCCCAACCAGCCUUCCAGAGUUCAACACACCUCGACGGCGAUUACCAGAGGUCUGCAUGUUCUCUGCAGUCACUUGGCACCAGCACGUCUACUCAGCAACAACAUGCCAAGACGAAGGAGCUCAAUGGCAGCUGUAUGCGGCCCAGUCUGCCAUCUGAACACCACCCACCACCCCAGGUUUCCCCUCCUGAAAACACUGUGAACCCCACUGGUUCUAGUGCGCCUCAGCAGCCGAGUGGUAGCAGCAAUGGUGGAAGUGGCGGUGGGUGUACGGCCAAAUCUUCAACAAAGUCGUCCACACUUACUCCAAACCAGACCAUAGCUAAGCAGAUCUUCCCCUGGAUGAAGGAUUCACGUCAGAACACCAAGCAAAAAACCAGCUCUCCAAGCUCAAGCUCAGCUAAUGCGGAGAGCAGUGGCGGCGAAAAAAGCCCUCCGGGUUCCGCGGCUUCCAAGAGAGCACGAACAGCUUACACGAGCGCACAGCUAGUGGAACUUGAGAAGGAAUUCCAUUUCAAUCGGUACCUGUGCCGACCAAGACGUGUAGAAAUGGCUAAUCUUCUAAACCUUAGCGAACGGCAGAUCAAGAUUUGGUUUCAAAACCGACGCAUGAAGUACAAGAAAGAUCAAAAGUCAAAAGGCAUGGGUUCCUCCUCAGGGGGACCUUCUCCUACCGGAAGCCCACCCCUUUCAAUGCAGUCCUCUGCCAGUUUUAUGAACUCAAUGCACUCAAUAGGAAGUUAUGAUGCGCCAUCACCGCCAUCUUUCAAUAAACCUCAUCAAAACGCCUAUGCCAUGUCAACAUCUUAUCAAAAUCCAAUGAAAGGUUGCCCCUCACAACAGAAGUACGGCAACACAGGAACAGAAUAUGAUCCACACGGGCUACAUGGUAACAGUGGUAACUACGGGACCCCUAACAUUCAGGGUAGCCCAGUGUACGUGGGAGGAAACUACGUGGAUACCAUGCCUACCACCACCGGACCCUCAAUGUAUGGUCUCAAUCACCUGCCACACCACCAGUCUGCCAGCAUGGACUACAACGGUGCCACACAGAUGUCGGCUAACCAGCACCACGGACCGUGCGAUACACAUCCAACUUACACGGAUCUAUCAGUGCACCAUCCUUCUCAGGGUAGAAUCCAAGAAGCACCCAAGUUGACCCAUCUGUAGCAGGUUUGAGUAAAAAGUAACGGGAAAAAAGAGAACAAAAACAAACCCAUGGGGCGAUGCAAUGGGGUUAAAAAGAUGAUCCAGUGGUUUCUUGUCGACUAUUAAAGCGCAGUCGGUGUCAGUGUUGUUCGUUAAUUUGCGCUUGGACAUAUUCGUUCAAAAGAAAUCACACAACUAAUUUAGAGCGCCCCCAUCCUCACACAGAGACACAAACACACACAGAGACACAGACACAGAGACAGAGUAAACACACACACACACACACACACACACACACACACACACACACACACACACACACACACACAAAUAAGCAAAAGUAAUGCAUAGUAGGUAGGUAGUGUAUGUCAGUGAUCAAUGAGUACAUUUAUUUAUAGUGCUUACUUGUGUGGUAGCCUUUCACGUCAUCAUUGGCAGUUGUGCUCUUUAGUAAUACAGUUGCUUGAGGGUAAAAUCGUAGCGAACUUUUAAUCCGGCAAAUGAAACCACUGGAUUGUUUUUCAUUUACUUCCCUUUUUUUAGACAUAAAACUUUUUUUUAAUUUUUUUAAUUUUUAUUUUUUUUAUAUUUUGAAAACUAACUAGGUCAUGGAUGCACUCUUCCAAUAACAGAAGGCCUGAGUCCAGCAAUACCAAGUUUAGACGGUGCAUUUUAGAAGUGAUAUUAACCAACUGUACUGGAUUUUGGGCCUCCAGGAUUGGAGUUGUGCAUCCUUUGCUUGGUCCUUUUUUAAGCAGUCUACAAUCUUUUUCUUUUUUUUUAAUGAUAUUCUAAGUUGAAGUCUAUUAUCAAACUGCGCUAUUUAAAAGCUACUCCCAAUAACUGACUAAAGUUAGAUAUAAUAUUGAUACAGGGUACAGAACUACAAAAUGUUAGUAAAUACAUAGUCGCCCCUCUUUUAAAAAAAAACUAAACAAUAGUUGUUACUCCCCUCCCUUACCUCCCCUCCCCUCUCCCGCUUACGUUAGAAUACACUAAUGAUAAAGUCUCACAUCAUGUCUUGACUUAACGUGGAAACAGGGUAUAAAUGAACAAAAUGCAUGUCUGGAAUACCAGGCAGCGGUGUAGACGUCUCGGUAUACACCCAAUGCUUUUUUGUCCGGGCAUCAUUUUUGCACUUAGAGUUUACAUUUUGAUGGAUAAGGAAAAGGGUAAAUCUUAUUUUGAAGCGAAAGACCUUCAAUCAGCGUCUUUCGGGAUAUGUGUUCAAAUGAACAUCCAUAAAUAUAUAUUUAUUUGUUAUAGCCAGUCUAAAUACUUUUUGUAUUAUUUAUCCCCUAUGUAUUUAUAUUGAGAGUGUACUUUUUUUAGUAUUUACCUAUUAUGAAGAAAAGACAUUGUGUUUUUGCCAUUGUAACUAAUUUCGUUUAUUGUAUUUUAGAGAUUCGUAGGUUUACGUUAUCCUUGUACAUGGACAACUUGACUAGUACAGGGUGCAAGGGCGGGUAAUCAAACCGUCCCUGCAUAGUCAUGAACUAGACAGUUUAGCAAAACAUUUUUAAACGUUAUUUGUUAUUUGUAGCUAUUUUUAUUUCCUGUUAAGGGUUGACUGUUAAACAAUUCUUUAAUAAAAUGUUAUGUUAUUCAUUUCUA